CCAUGGGGCGGCGGUUGCCCGCGCUGCGGCCGCUGCUGGCGCUGCUGUUGCUGCUGCGGCGGGCGCUUCCCGGGGCGCACUGCCCGGAGCCCUGCAGCUGCCCGCCCGACGGCGCCCUGCGCUGCCCCGGCCCGCGGGCCGGCAUCACCGGACUAUCACUCAACUAUCUCCCUAUCAAACUAAUCCCAUCUCAAGCUUUCAGAGGACUUAAUGAGGUCAUAAAAAUUGAAAUCUCUCAAAGUGAUUCUCUGGAAAAGAUAGAAGCUAAUGCCUUUGACAACCUCUUCAAUUUGUCUGAAAUACUGAUCCAGAACACAAAAAACCUGGUGUACAUCGAGGCUGGAGCAUUUAGAAAUCUCCCCCGGUUAAAAUACCUGAGCAUCUGUAACACAGGCAUCCGAAAGCUUCCAGAUGUUACGAAGAUCUUCUCCUCUGAAUUUAAUUUCAUUCUGGAAAUUUGUGAUAACUUACACAUAACCACCAUACCAGGAAAUGCUUUUCAAGGGAUGAGUAACGAAUCCAUAACACUCAAACUAUAUGGAAAUGGAUUUGAAGAAAUACAAAGUCAUGCCUUCAACGGGACAACGCUGAUUUCCCUGGAGCUCAAGGAAAAUGCACACCUAGAGAAGAUGCACAAUGGAGCCUUCCGGGGGGCCACAGGACCUAGCAUCUUGGAUAUUUCUUCCACCAAAUUGCAAGCUUUGCCUAGCUAUGGGCUGGAGUCCAUCCAGACACUCAUUGCCACAUCAUCCUAUUCUCUAAAAAAACUGCCAUCAAGGGAAAAAUUUGCCAACCUCCUGGAUGCCACACUGACUUACUCGAGCCACUGCUGUGCUUUUAGAAAUUUGCCAACAAAAGAGCAGAAUUUUUCAUUUUCCAUUUUUGAAAACUUUUCCAAACAAUGUGAAAGCACAGCAAGGAGACCAAAUAAUGAAACCCUGGACUUGGAGGAAUUUGGUGGGUGUUCACAAGAUUGUGAAACCAGCAACUCGUUCAUAAUUGUUCUAAAUUCCAUUAAAAAAUCUUAAGUUGAGAUCUCCAUACCAACGUGAAAUAACAUUGGCUGGUGGAAACUAACCAAGAAAAGUCCUAAGGCAAAACAAGAGAUGGUUAAAGCAAUGGCUGAAUUUAUUUUUAAAUCUGUAAUGCCUUCAACACCACAUGCACAGCUAAUGGAAACUCUGAAGAAUGCAAGUGCAUCCAGAACGCCUGGUUGAAACAACAGCCUGAUUCAGAUGACACGGGACUGAGAGCGGACAAGGAAUUAUUCUCGAGAAGUACUGGCAAUGAGGAAGAGAAGGGAAAUUUUAGCAAAAGUCAACAUCAAUCAGAUUUAAGAAAACAAUGAUGAAAAAGAUGGAAACUAUAGACCCUACUAAGAACAAGACCAAGACUUUGGUCUUUAUGGGGGAGGGGUGUUGAAAAGAUCUCAUCCUCACCAGCUACUGUCCCGUUGUUCCUAUUUACAGCAAAUCUCCUCAAAAAAGUCAUCUACUCACCGUCUCCACUCCCACUUGAGUUGUCUGUCAACGUCACCGAUGAUUUCCACGUUACUAAAUUCAAUGGCCCAUUCUUACUCCUCAGCUUAUAAGAUCAGUAGCAUCCGAGGCAGCUGAUUACACGUAGUCUAGCUAGCUCCUCUUUCUCCAUCUCCUUUCCUGGAUCAUCCUUGCUUUCCUGACCUCUAAAUGUUGGAGUCUGAAAGCCCACUGCUCAGACCGCUGCUGCUCUCCAUGGCUCACUCCUAACUGGUCUCACCCAGUCUCGCAGUUUUAAAUACUAGUGUCUCUAAACGUCCCAUCUCUGGCCUGACCCUCUUUCCUGCCUGGUGUAUAUUUGGCUGUCUGUCUGAUAGUCAUCUCAAAGUCAACACAACCAAACCGGCAUUUAUUUCUAAUCUUUCUCCCCAAACUUUCUCCCUUAACAUUCUUCCCCUUCUCCAUAAAAGACAGCUCCCUUUUUUAAGCUGCUCAGGCCCAAAGUCUGGGAGUCCAUUUUGGUUCCCUUUCCCCUCCGCACUGAGAGCCCAAUCCAAUCAGUCAGCACACACUCCUGGCUCUAAUUUCAGACAUGUCCAGUCAUGUUAUCCCCCCUCACCACUCCUAGCCGCCAUCACCUCUCACCGGAGUUACUUCAACAGCCUUCCAACCACACGCGGCUUCUGUCGCUACCCCCCUUCUACGUCCAUGCAAUCAUCUUUAAUGUGUAAUUCAGUUCCUGUCACUCACCGGCACAAACCUUCUAGUGGCUCCUGUCUCCCUCAGAACAAAAUCCAGAUCCUUCCCCAAGACCACAGAACCCUGUGUGAUCUGCUUCCCUCACCCACCCACAGCCUCUCUGAUCUCUCCCCCAACCAGCCCUCUGUUCAUCUGCUACUGCCACCCAGAAGCCGUCUGCCCUCCUCAGAUUUCAGUGCCUCUACCCUAGCAUUUCCCUCUGCUGGACACACCCUCCUCUGGGAGAUCUUGGUGACUAGCUUCCUCACUUCUUUCAGGUCUCUGCUAGAAUGUCAUCUCCUCAGAGGACUUCUGAAAACCAAAAUGGGUUUCAAUUUUUCACCACUCUGUUGCUCCCUCCACCCCCCUCCCUGCACAGCAAUGAUCACAACACAAUAUCUGUUUAUUGUCCAAAUUCCCCUACUAUUAAAUAUCCUCUACAGGAACAGGAAUUCACUAUUUUGCGAUUGCUUAACCCCAGUAUCUAGAAAAAGGCAAGCACAUAAUAGGCACACAAUAAACAUUAAAGUCAACAAGACAGUGAGUUGGAACAAUGGUCACACAGCAUUUUGAGGUGAUUCAAUGUGACCACUUAAGGCAGCCAAUGCCAAACAAGCCUUCUGUACCUCAGAGUGUGGAAGAUACCUUUGGGGAAGCGUGAAGUGUUUAGCUAUAUUCAUACACCUACUCAUCCUGUAGGAUUUUUGGAAAUAUAUUGUUCUAACAGGCUUUAUAAGACACUGACAACAUCCAUCCAGAAAGAUUAUUAUGAAAGAGCCCAUCUUGAAAGGACAACGCUCAUUACUGGUUUCUGAGGACUACACAGGGCGAAGGCUUGCCCCUGAGGCAAGGCAGUAUGGAAUAUUCUCCCGAAAGCACGUAUUUGCUUACCUCAGGCUAAAAGUACAAUCCUGGGCUAGAGCUUUUUACAGACCACGUGCCAGUUGAUACACAGCAACUAAAAACUCAGAAGUCACACAGGAUAUAUUAGUUGUAAUAUUUUAUAAAUAUUUUAAAGUAAGCAGAUUUAGAGUUUAUUAACUCUCAUUAAACAAAAGUUGUUUGAAAUCUGUUGAGAAGGAAGUCACCAUUUUCCUGUCUUUUUAGUACUUAGAAAUGUUUAGAGAGAAGCAUGAUAUUUAAAUCUCUGGGAUGUGUAAAAUUGUAUUCAACAGCACUUUUAGACAGGGCAUUAAGAAGAAUACUUAAAGUGUUUGUCUACUGCAUUAAUUUUAAUUAUACUCCACUGGACUCACAAUGCUUUGAAAUGCUUUACGAAAUGCCCCCAAGAUCUUUUAUUAAUCAUAAUACAA